CGUCCCUUCAUCCCCUCCUCUAUGGAAAGCUGACUACAUGCCACCGCAACCAUGAUCCAUCACUGCCGCUGCGGUACGACGCCAUCCAGCAUCCGGGCUACCCUAUCCCAUCCCAUGCUGCCCGUCACUCCUUCGACGCAUCUCGAUAUCUCGGCUUGCAGCAGCCCCGUCUUGAAACGUGGAGGCAGAUUCCCAUGGGCCAAUCGCAAAUCGCACAUUCGCACCCCCGGUAUGCCCACCACGGAUCGUCCGCCGACUACCACAUCAGCCCGCAUCGCGCUGACGACGGCUUCCAACCCGCUCGUCUUCAUGUCGCCCUAUCUUUCAUAUACUGCCACGUACCGAUACGGGUACCAUUAGUCCCUAAUAUCUGACGCGCCUGCCUCUGCUUAGUAGCCUACUGUACUUGACGGAAUAGCCUGCAGAAACGGUACGGCAUCCUAUUGCACUGAUCGGUCGUCGUCAGAGUCUUGUCGUUACGGACGAGCUGACGAUUCUCGCAAGCUCUCACGCCAUAUGCUGCUACGGAGUAGAAGGGUGGGUGACCCAACGCUUCGUCUCGUCUUGCGUAGUGUCUAGUUGGCUGCACUACGUUGGCGCAGGGGCCAUGAUCCUUGCUGUCCGAAGGCCAAUGGCAGUUUGGCAGCACGCGACUGAGAGAUGCCGUCCCAUGGAGCUUAGAGCUGCCAAAAAAGACGACGACAUCACAGCCAUUCAGGGCUAUGCUCAUAAUUAAGAAUCCCAUGCGAAGCGGAAGGGGGGGUCUUUGAACAGCCGCGCCAUCUUGGGUACUGAUCCUGGACGUUAGCAAAACGAGGCAUAUGCACAUGCGUCCCGAUGUGCAACUGUGACGAGAACC